ACGUCACUUUUGUUGAGUGAGUCGUGCACCUCGCCGGCUCACUCUGCUUGCAUUUAUCCAUUCAUUGUACUGCUUGGGCAUCAAUAAAGCUAGAAUAAACCCACAUAAUUCUUGUAGUAACUCUCACUUUGGCACGCCAGAGGGAACUGAAAAAGGCCACCGACAGGGAUACGUUCAGGAGAGCCGGAGAACAGUGUUGUGAAGCUAUGCCCUCGGUGAUGGAGCGCUCGGGGGCCGGCGUCCUGUCCAGGAGCAGAGCCAAAACCGUAACCAACGGCAACAGCCAGGCGCAUUCCGAGGAGGAGAGCAGCGACGAGGACCAUGCUCAUGACAGCAUGAUCCGAGUGGGAGGAGACUACCAGGCCCAGAUUCCAGAGUUCAAACCAGACAGCCCAGCCCGUUACAAUGAGAAGGACCAGAGGAGCAUGUUAGUCUGGUGUCCCAACAGUCAGCUGUCGGAUGCAAUGUGUACGCACGUGCACUUUCACCACAUUUUACAGUGUUUCCUCUCUGUUCUUAAUUCAUCUCAUUUGCUCUGGCUUCAUUCAGUGGACGAGUACAUCCUAAUGGCUAAAGAAAAACAUGGCUACAACAUGGAACAGGCUCUUGGCAUGUUGCUGUGGCACAAGCACGACGUGGAGCGUUCACUGGCUGACUUGGCCAACUUCACUCCGUUCCCAGACGAGUGGACAGUGGAGGAUAAAGUGCUGUUUGAACAGGCAUUCAGCUUCCACGGCAAGAGCUUCCACCGCAUCCAGCAGAUGCUUCCAGACAAGCUUAUCUCCAGCCUGGUCAAGUACUACUAUGGCUGGAAGAAGACCAGAACUAGGACCUCUGUCAUGGACCGCCAAGCCAGGAGGCUGGUCAGCAAAAGGGAGAAGGAUGACAGCAAUGACGAGUUGGAGGAAGGAGAUCCUGGUAGUGACAGUGACUUUGAGCUUGAUGCCAAGAAGGAGGCCACCAAACAGAACCCUAACAGUGCCAUCUCGGACAAAGUGAUCCCAAGUCGCUCGGGCCCCAUCAAGAAGGAGAACAUCGGGGCUCAGUACCGCCACCACCCUCUCCGAGCCCGUCGCCGGCCUCCUAAGGGAAUGCACCUGGAUCAAUCCGACAUCACAUCCCUCUCCGCCUCUCACGACUCUGGUGUUAUGACAAUAAGGCAGCUGGACACACAGCUGGUGUCCCUCAAGCGACAGGUCCAAAGUAUUAAACAGAGCAACAGUAGUUUGAAACAGAGUCUGAAUGAAGGUGUGGAUUCUUUCAAACCCACUGAGCCCGGCCCUAAGAUGAACUCUCGCUGGACCACAGAGGAGCAGCUUCUGGCUGUGCAGGCGAUCCGUCGUUAUGGCAAAGACUUUACAGCCAUUGCGGAGGUGAUUGGGAACAAGACGUCAGCCCAGGUGAGCUCAUUCUUCGUGAGCUACCGUCGCAGGUUCAACCUGGACGAGGUGCUGAGGGAGUGGGCUGCCGAGCAGGUAGCCACACGAGACCUCAGGAGAAGCAGCGAAGAGAUAGCGGCUACUACAGAUGGAGGAGGAGAGGAGGAAGAAGUCAAGCUGGAGGACUCCUCUCCGGAUGCUGCCGGAAGCUCUCCCCCACUCUCCUCCACCCAGAACACAUCCUCCCUAUCCCAGCCUCCUCCACUGCUGCGCCCAGCACCUCCCUCAGCUCCACCCAGCCUCCUCCGCCAGCCACCGCCGCUGCAGACCCGCCCACUCCAGAACCGGGCACCUCACAACCACCCUCCGCCACCACUCAUCCGGCCCGCUGUUACCACCUCCUCCUCCUCUGGGAGCCUAAGGGCUUCUCCUCCCAGCUCCUCGGUCGCAGCACAGAUGCCGCCGUCGCUGGUGGGCAUCAAAGUGGAGCAGGCCAACUCACACUGAAAACACACAUCAACAUCCUGGCCCUGGCAAGUGUGUGUAUCAUAGCGGCACUGUCACACCUACCUCCACGUCACAGUUAUUCAACACACACUAAUAGCCCUACCUGCAACCUCCAUCAAAGAGACACUGGAUUGUCAGGCUGCUUAGGAGUAGUGUACCACAUUCAACUCAUCUCCUUAGCAAUGAUUGGAUGAUGUAUUCCCAUUUCUAUGUAAACAGCCUUCAGGGAAUUUAAAGUAGAACAGAAUUGAGUCAAACCUGCUUAACGUUGACUUUGAGGUUUGAAGAUUGAGGAAACUGGCUUUUGCUUAAAAACACGUCAAUUUUGUUACAAUUUUUAAUAGCAUAGGCAAACGUGAGAAAGGAAAAAAGACGAACAUAGCCAUCUGUUACUUGUAUGAAUUGGAAUAUUUGUUUCUUUUUUUAGAUUAAACUCUACGGUAGAUGUAGUUUAGAUUAUUAUUAUUGUUGUUAUUAUUAUUGUUAUUAUUAUUAUUAUUGACUGAGCACUAAAGAGCCUUUUGUGUGUGAGUCGUGAGUGUUCUUACCUCCUACAACUCACAGGAUGUUUUUAAAUAAUAAACAUUCAGCCAAAGUCAGUUGUCGCUUUAAAAGCACAAAUAAGGAAAGACUGUUUGACCGAACUCACGGUAGCUGCUAGUUGUUUUGGUACAGGAAAGAUAUUUAAAAUGUGUUUUUUCCCAUAUUAUGGCGAAUCUGCUGUAUCAGGACAGAGCUGUCCACUGCUACUGGGAUCACGAGUCGCUUCUUUCUGUUUACCUUUUGGCUUUAAUGUUUGUGUGCUUUGCCUUUUCAUUAUUUUCUCAGAUGUCUUUUUUUUCCUCCCUGAAAUGUACUUAUGUGUCCUGAAUGUGAGCAUUUAAAUGUUUCUAUUUGUUUUUCUAGAAUAAAGAAAU